CUCCGCUGAAGUGAGAGCGAGAGAGAGAGUGAGAGAGAGAGAGAGAGAGCGAGAGAGAGAGAGAGAGGUCACUUCUUCUAAGUGGACUAAAGUUCUUCUGAUUGUUCUGGGUCUCUCUCUUGGUUUUGCUCUCGGAGGUCUCUGCACUCUCGGGGUGAUUUAUUAUCAUAAGCUUGCUGAUUUCGAAUCACUGAAUGAGAAGCACAUCAUGGUUUCAAAGACACUGGCGGCUCAAGAGAUCAACAGCACAGCCAUGAAGAAAGAGUUUAAUGAUCUUACAGGCAGAUACAACACACUUAGAGAAUGGCUGUCCUUUUCUGAUGCUCAGUCUUGUAAUCUCUCUGUGAAUGGCUGGAUAGCUUGUCGUGGAAAGCUGUAUUUAUUCAGCUCUUAUAAACUGAACUGGAAUAGAAGUCGAGAUGUCUGUGUUUCAAAAGGAGCCGAUCUGGUGACCAUAACCAGCCAAUCAGAACAGAGUUUUCUGGUGUCUAAAAUUAACGAGACGCGCUGGAUUGGUCUCAAUGACCUGGACACUGAAGGACACUGGGUUUGGGUGAAUAACCGAACUCUCAAUGACACUGGAGUACAGUAA